AUGGGCAUAUCUCCCAACCUCUCGUGGCCAGAGGAAUGGUCGCAUAAAUAUGCUAUUCAAAUUCCUCGAAACGGUGACCGUUUUAUCCAAGUACCCCUUGGUCCAGAGGUUUGGCCUGGUGUGUAUUAUUGGCGUACAAGAGGCGAAAAUAAAAUCGCUGCUGUUAGUAAUACGUUUUUGAUAUCGAGCUCUAGUGGGAGCACCAACCCAACCACAAUAACCUCUUUCAUCCCCGUCACAGCAACUGGAGACGUUGUCGAAACAACCGAUGGCCAUCUGGUCACUCACAAGUCCUCAGAGGUCUACUCUUCAGCGGUUAUAUACACAACUAUCAUUGUUAUAGCCGAUAGCAAGUACUCGCCUUGGAAGAAAAUUCCGCUAUUAAUAGGCUUGGCUCUUGCUUUGACCUUCUUAAUAACUCUGCCGAUUGUUUUGUGGCUUGUCUUGCGUUAUAAACGUCACCCUGCUCUAUCGUCUAGUAAGGUCAGACCCUUUCGUUUAGGCUCAGGAGGAGCUGGAGGAUCGCACCUUAGUGUUUUGAAUCCCGUUGCAUUUCACGACUCGGCAGUCAGCUCCACUAUGAGCCCCGCCACUUCUACGGGUGGUAGCGUCCGUCAAAUCUGGGUCGUGAUUGAUGGAGAGAAGCGGCUUGUAACUGUCCCUCAAGACCAUCCCCAGUCUACAAUACCCGGGACCCAUUCAGACCCUUUCGCCGAUCCUUUCGCACCAGACUCCCCCCGAUAUACUCAAUUCUCCCCCUCUAUCACGGCUGAUCAAAACGUGCCAAGCUCCAGCCUGCAUCCGAACGGUACCAAUACUACCAGUUAUCCUCCGACUCACACCAAUGCUAGCGUCAUUUCGUUGGUUACAACUGUGCAUCAAGAUGCUCAUAACAUCGGUAUGUACCCGGACACGGCCCAGGUCAGGGAACAUUUCGGCGAGAAGCAACAGGGAAGGCAAAGGCAUCAACCUGAACGUCCUGGACUAUCGGAGGAGGAGAUUGCUCUACGGCUGAUUGUGCCUGGAAGAGCACGAGAUAUGGGCUCCUUGGGAAGAGACAACGUCCCAGACGUAGAUGAGAAUGGACUCCUGCCUCCAGACUAUCUCCAGGCGACCCAACCUACUCCUCGACAAUCAUCAUGGGCUGGUCCUAGUAUUCGCUGA